AUGGCGUCCCUCACUUUAGUUGUUCAGCCCCGGGGUAAACCCAUUAAGAAGCUCCCCAAGGAGGUUCAGGUGUCCUCCAAUGCCUCGACCGCCGAAAUCUACAACAAGCUCGCGGAAGCCUCGGGCUUCUCCAUCCACCGUCUCAGGAUCACCAAGGGUAGCGAUCGCACUGUAGUCCCCAACUCUAAGGACUCGACCGUCGACGGAAUCGGUCUGAAGGAAAAGAGCGUCUUGCACAUCAAAGAUCUCGGCCCCCAACUUGGAUGGCGCACCGUCUACAUUAUCGAAUACCUCGGACCGCUCUUCAUCCCGGCUCUCUUCCUCUUCCCCCUCCGCCCAUAUGUCUACUUUAACUUCGACAAGCCACUUCCCGACCCAUCGCAGUUCCAGCUCCUGGUCUGCGCCCUCCUGACCAUCCACUUCAUCAAGCGCGAAUACGAAACCGUCUUCGUCCACCGUUUCAGCAAUGCCACCAUGCCCGCACGCAACAUCGUCAAGAACAGCGGCCACUACUGGGUCCUAGCCGGUUUGAACAUCGCCUACUGGGUCUUCCGUCCCGACUCCCCCGCCGCCACCAUCCAAGACUCUUUCCUCCUCUACAGCGGUCUGGCAUUGUUCAUUUUCGGCGAGCUUGCGAACCUAAACGCUCACCUUGUGCUACGCGACCUGCGCCGUCCCGGUACCACGGAAAGAGGCAUUCCCUCCGGAUUUGGAUUCAACGUCGUUACCUGCCCCAACUACUUCUUCGAGGUUGUCAGCUGGGUGGGCAUCUACCUGCUGAGCGGAAUGAGCUGGAGCGUUCUCUUCUUCAUUGUCGUUGGUACCGUGCAGAUGGCUCUCUGGGCUAAGAAGAAGGAACGCCGCUACCGCAAAGAGUUCGGUGACAAGUACAAGCGCAAGCGCUAUGUUAUCCUGCCCGGUCUGUACUAG